AUGUCGUCUACCCUCAUCUCAAUCUCGGCUUCUGCAACCGCAAGUGCCACUCCGCUUAGCCAUGCUGCCGUUGCAGCUGAAAUUCUGAUUAUUGCCAGAGAUGCUGCCUCUGCUGGUGUGGCCAGCUCUGGUCUCAAUGGAUACGGUAUCCCAUUCUCCACUCUGAUUGUUCCCUCUGCUGGUGUCGAACUUCCCGAACUCAAUGGUACCGCCGGAGGAAACUUCGGUGGUAUUGUCGUUGCCUCUGAAGUCAGCUAUGACUAUGGUACCCUGGGCUUCCAGAGUGCCCUGACCACCGAUCAGUGGAACCAGCUAUAUGCUUACCAGCUUGAAUAUGGUGUCCGUAUGGUCCAAUACGAUGUCUACCCGGGUCCCAACUAUGGCGCAUCUGCUAUCGGCGGAUGCUGUGACGGCGUUGAACAACUUAUCUCCCUCACUGAUACUAGUGAAUUCCCCACAUCUGGUCUGAAGACUGGCGCAGGUAUCAGCACCACUGGUCUAUGGCACUACCCUGCGACUAUCAGCAACACCACCUCGACCAAGCAGUUUGCCGCGUUUGCCCCCACCACAGGCUUCGAGACUGAGAGUGUCGCCGGUGUGAUCAACGACUUCGAUGGCCGUCAGCAGAUGGCCUUCUUCAUUGGUUUCGACACUACCUGGAGUUCUACAUCCAGCUACCUGCAGCACGCAUGGAUCACCUGGAUUACCCGCGGUCUGCACGCCGGAUACCGUCGUGUCAACCUGAAUACCCAGAUUGAUGACAUGUUCCUCGAGACUGAUAUUUACUCGCCCGCUGGUACCACCUUCCGUAUUCGCGCCGAGGAUUUGACCAACAUUGCCUCCUGGAUUGAUACCAUCAAUGCCAAGUUGCCCGCUGGCAGUUCUUACUUUGUUGAAGUCGGCCACAACGGUAACGGAAACAUCGAGAACGCUUCCGAUACCUCGGAUGCUGGCUGGGAUACUUGCGGAGCUGCCAUCGAGUAUGAUUCGCCUUUGGACACUCCCCUCGAGUGGAUCAAGCCUCUUGGAACUGGCACUGAUCUGUGGCCCGCCACCCCUACUGCUUACGACUGGGAAGCUACUUGCACUGUCAUGGAUGAGCUCCUGGCAUGGUGGACCACCGAAAGCAACCUCAACAAGUUCGGCCACAUCUCCCACACUUUCACUCACGAGGAGCAGGACAAUGCCACCUACAGCGAUAUCUACAAGGAGAUCAGCUUCAACCAGGCUUGGCUCAAGCAGGUCGGUAUCGACAAGGCCACCAAGUUCACUUCCAACGGAAUCAUUCCCCCUGCCAUCACUGGUCUGCACAAUGGCGAUGCCCUUCAGGCCUGGUGGGAUAACGGCAUUGUUAACUGUGUUGGUGACAACACCCGCUCUGCCCUUCUGAACCAGGAGAACGACAUGUGGCCUCUUUUCACAACCGUUGCCAACAACGGUUUCGAUGGUAUGCAGGUCAACCCUCGUUGGGCCUCUCGCAUCUACUACAACUGCGACACUCCUGACUGCACCGUCGCGGAAUGGAUUGCCACCUCUGCUGGUGUUGGUGGCUUCCAGGACCUCCUGGACAUCGAGAAGGCCGAGACUAUGCGUCACUUCUUCGGUCUCUUCCACGAUCCUUACAUGUUCCACCAGGCCAAUCUCCGCAACGCUGAUGUUGACCCCAUCACCAUCAACGGUGUUGCUGAGAAGUACUCCAUUAUGCAGGCUUGGGUUGAGACCCAGGUCCAGGAGUUCAUCCGCCUGGCUGAAUGGCCCGUCGUCACCCUCACCCACCAGGAGAUGUCUGCUGCCUUCCUUGCCCGUUUCAACCGUGACAAGUGCGGCUACUCUUUGAGCUACGCCACUAGCAACCAGAAGAUCACUGCCGUCACUGUCUCUGCCACUGGCAACACCUGCACUGACCCUAUCCCGGUUACUUUCCCUGUUGCUCCUACCAGCACCCUGGGCUUCGCUACCGAGCAGCUCGGUGCUGACCCUCUGACCGUCUGGGUUGAGCUCACUGGCUCCCCCGUUACUUUCACUCUUUCCACCCCCAUUUCCUUUUAG